AUGGGCAUGGGAGAUAUGCCCUGGGGGGGAAACCCUAUGAGGGGCCCCCCUAUGGGGAUGAUGCCUAUGGGGCCCCUGCCGCCCGGGGGGAUGCCGUGGCCUAUGAUGAACUUCCCGCCCCCCCAGCAGCACUAUGGCGGAGACAGGGGGAUGGCCAUGAUGGGUAUGUGGGGGGCCCCCAUGGGGCCCCCCAUGCCCUAUAUGCCCCUACCGGGAGGCCAGUGGCCAGCAGUACCCCCUGGGGUACCUGGGGGCCCCAUGCCGGGGGGCCCUGGGGGCCCCAUGCCGGGGGGCCCUGGGGGCCCCCCGGGGGGACCUCCAGGGGGGCCCCCGGGGGGCCCCGGGGGCGACUUCUCGGGGGGGCCCCCUGGGGGGGCCCCUGGGGGCCCCGUGCCCCCAUCUGUACCCCCUCCUAGUGCUCCUUCUAUGCCGCCACCUCCAAUGCCUUCGGGCAGCGGUGAUGGGGAUAAUAUGGAAUGUGGAGAUUAA